AUGGAGCAAUGGCGAAAUCUCUUACAAGAGUUACACCAUCUGCUCGAGGGUGAGCUCGUGAAAAUGCGCAAGCUGGAGGCAGAACGCGGAGCAGAGAAUCUCACAGUCAAGCAAGCCCCGCCCGAGCCAUUGCUGUCUUCAUUUCCAUGGUCUCUGAGUUCGGAGACCGCUACUAAGGCUGCGAUGCCGGUUUCAACAGGUGAUGUUGAGAGCUCAUGGAUUCUUGAAAAAGCUGCUCUCUCCCUGCCGCAUGUGGCAGCGGAUGAGGACGACCUGGACCACAACACAAUCGAGGAGGUAACCCGCUCGAUCCGAAGUGUAGCUUCGCAGAAGGCACAGGGAUCGGUUUCUGAUUCUGUGGCUCCAUUUCACCAAUCAGUAGGGCUCAGUGACACUCGAACCCACUUCCGGGUUGUGCGAGCCGCGAAGACAGCUUAUCUUCAACAGCGGCCGUGGUAUGUCAUAAAUCCCGAUCAGAGCAGGUGGGCAAGCAGAUGGCAGGCUCUCGUAGCCUGUUGUUUGCUUUGGGUCGCCUUGGUCACCCCAGUGCAGGUGGCGCUUCUGGAGCCCGAGAUGGAUUGGCUGUUCAUCGCGGGCAUGCUUGUGGAUGUAGUCUUUGCCAUCGACCUUCUGUUGCAGUUCAUCACAGCUUACCCAGAAACGACACCGCAGGGAGUCACAUGGGUGGUGCAGGCUGAGAAGAUCCGGGAGCACUACGUGAAGUCCUGGUUCAGCCUUGACGCAAUCAGCAUCCUCCCUUUCGAUAUCUUGGCACUGACCUUUGAGGCCAGCGAGCUUCGGGAGCUCGCCGUUUUGAAGGUAAUCCGGGCCUUGCGCCUGGUCAAGCUGCUGCGGCUGAUGAAGACAUCUCGAGCCCUGCAGUCAAUGGAGGUGCCCCUGUCCAUUCCUUACCAACAAUUUGCGUUGAUUCGCUUUGUCUUGGUUCUCGGCUUCAUCUGUCAUGGGCUAGCAUGCUUUUGGGCCAUGGCCUUGACCUUGGUGAGCCCAAGUUCACCUCGCUGGAUUGACUUGGUCUCGCAUGCCCCAGGAAUAGUCAAGCCGUCACCCUUCAGAACAUAUGUGGCGGCAUUCUACUUUUGUAGCUACACCAUCACUUCUGUCGGCUAUGGGGACAUCAGUCCUCAGAAUGACCAGGAACGGGCUUUUGCCAUUGGUAUUUUGCUAUUUUCGGGCAUUGCUUGGGCAUACAUCAUCGGAGAGGUGGGUGCCAUCGUGACUGACAUGACCUCAGAAGGGCAAGACUUCAGGAGAAGUAUGCACCACUUAAACCAGAUGAUGAAAAGACAAGGACUCGGGUUUGAGCUUCAGUGCCGUCUUCGCAGGUAUUUCCUGCAAAAUCGGCAUCAGUCCAUGAUGCUCGAACGGCAGGCCCUUAUGUCGAAGAUGAGUCCACAGCUCCAGGCAGCAUUCUGUAUAGCUGUGAACCGCCGGUGGCUGCAGAAGGUUACGUUUCUGAGGAAGUUUAUGUUCUAUAUCCGGGAGCAGGUGAUGGUCGGGUCCUAUGUGGCCCCUUAUGAGGCAUGCAUGGCAGAGAUUGCGAAGUGCUUGAAGCCGGGGGCAUUUGCACAGCAAGAGAUAUUCGACAACGUCCAGGUUCUUUACAUCCUUUCCAAGGGCUUGGUGGUCCUGAACAGCAAGCUCCGAUCUGAAGGGGAGGUUUGGGGCGAGGACUUCGUACUUGAGGAUACGACCUUGAUUCGACCGGUUGCAGGGUAUGCAAUGACUUACAUUGAGACCUUGUCUUUGACCAGGGCGGAUUUCAUGGGUGUCAUCGAAAGAAGAAGGUUCUCUUGUCCGCAGCUUGGGCGAAUGGUUCGCCGAUACUGCGUGCGCAUUGCCGUGUAUCGCGGCAUCCUCGCAGAGGCUGAGAAGCGACGUGAGCAGAACGAGGCGAGGAAUCAGUGCAGCGAAAGCCAGGCAGAUGCCACAUACUCGCCAACUUUGCUUCCUGGUCCUAGGGCCGCCGCUCGAGCAGCACCGAUUUCCGAGACGCCUCCAGACAUGCCCGAAGAGAGUCUCGACGGACCCCUGCAAGCCUCGACAGCACUUCCUGGCGAGAUCGAGGAGCUCCAGUGA